AUAUCAAUCACCAAAUAUACUAAGAUGUUAUUCGAUCUAGGAUAUCCCGGAACGUAACCUGCCAAAAAAUAACAAUUCGACUACAUGCAUGGCUCCUCGCUAAUUUUGUACGAUAAAUUUGUCAAGUUAUCAACUGACAGCAAAUCCCCCACCACCCUACUCCGGUCCUCUUCGGCCUCUCAACCGCCACGGUUUUCUUUUUUUUUUUUUUUAAUGUCUCCGGCUUCGGUUAUCCAUCCUCACGUAGCAGCAAAAGAAAUAAAGAAUUAGCAGAGCCCGCCCCUCUCUCCCUCCCCCCAAAUCCAAAAAUCUCUCUCUUUUUCUGCCAUUAUAUUUCUCUAAUUCUUGUAACGUUGGAUUUAUUGAACGGGCGAAAGAAUUGAAGAAUGUCGUUCUGGGAUGGGAAUUUUCUGACCAGCGAGCUGUCGAAGCCGACGUCAAUUUUCGGGCUGAAGCUGUGGGUGGUGAUCGUCAUCUGCGUCGGCGCCGCCAUCGUCCUUGUCUUCUUCCUCCUCUCCCUCUGCCUCACCGCCCGCCGCCGCCGCCGCCGCCGCCCCGCCACCAUAACCGCCGGGAAACCCCACAAGCUUCACCUCCAUGACCGCACCCCACCCGUCUCCAAGGACAUCCCUGAGAUUGUCCACCACCGCGAACGCGCACCCUCCGCCGCCGCUGAUGUGCAGAUCGAUAUCGGCGGCAAGGCGGAGCGCGGAGUGGUGCUGGCCGAGCAACACCGUCUGCCGGCGCAGGUGCCGGCUCCGCCGUCGGGUUCGACGACGGGGACGGCGAGAGGGGAGAGCCGGGAGACGAUGGAGGGGACUACGCCGUCGAUGGGGGAUGGCCGGCCGCCGGAGGUGUCGCAUCUGGGGUGGGGGCACUGGUAUACGCUGCGGGAGAUGGAGGACGCCACAGAGAGGUUCGCGGAGGAGAAUGUCAUCGGAAAGGGCGAGUACGGGAUCGUGUACCGCGGGGUCCUGGCCGAUAACACCAUGGUCGCCAUAAAGAACUUGCUCAAUAAUAGGGGCCAAGCAGAAAAGGAGUUCAGAAUGGUGGUUGAGACGAUUGGGCGUAUUAGGCACAAGAAUCUGGUCAGCUUACUGGGUUACUGUGUUGAGGGGGCUUACAGGAUGCUUGUCUAUGAGUUUGUAGACAAUGGUAAUCUGGAUCAGUGGCUUCAUGGGGAUGUCGGAGAAGUGAGUCCGCUGACAUGGGAUAUCAGGAUGAAGAUAAUACUGGGAACAGCCAAAGGGUUGGCCUAUCUUCAUGAGGGGCUUGAACCAAAGGUUGUCCACCGUGAUGUUAAAUCUAGCAACAUACUACUUGACCGGCAGUGGAAUCCUAAGGUUUCGGACUUUGGGCUUGCCAAGCUCUUAGGUUCUGAGAGAAGUUAUGUAACAACUCGUGUCAUGGGGACCUUUGGCUAUGUGGCACCUGAGUAUGUUAGCACUGGGAUGCUUAAUGACAGAAGUGAUGUUUACAGCUUUGGGGUGCUUAUCAUGGAGAUCAUAUCUGGGAGAGCCCCUGUGGAUUACACAAGACUACCUGGGGAGGUGAAUCUGGUUGAAUGGUUGAAAAAUAUGGUCGGAGACAGGAAAUCUGAGCAGGUUGUUGAUCCUAAGAUGCUUGAGAAACCAUAUCCCAAAGCGCUCAAACGGGCACUUCUGGUGGCCUUGCGGUGCGUUGAUCCUGAUGCAAGGAAACGACCUAAAAUGGGACAUGUGAUCCACAUGCUUGAAAUGGAUGACUUGCUAUUUCGCGAUGAUCGCAAACUUGGGCGAGAAGCAUCUGCUCAGUCAUCGGACAGGUACAACCAAGGAGAGGAGGGAAGCUUCAGCAGGCGUGACCAUCAGACAAGGUGGUGAUGACAGGAUCAAGUAGGUGCCUGACAAUUUGCAGCCAUAACCUUGAAACGAAAAUGGAAUUGUUCCAUUCUUAACCAUUUAAUGUCACAUUCUCAUCUUGAUUCAGCAUCAUGCUGGAAAAAUGAUUUCUUUUUGAGGUGCACUGUCUCAUCAGAAACAUCCAUUUGUGAUAAAAUAUUUAAUGACAAUUCCAAAUUGCAGCAUCUUGCUUUGCUCUUUCAGCUUCUGUCGACAAGCAGAUGUUAUGUGAA